AAUAAAACAAAUCCAAAAGGUUUAUUAAAAAAAGUGGAAAUAUAUACUAGUAAUUUAUUUGAGACUACUUAAAACUUUUUGUUUAAGAUAAAAAAAUGUGUCAAUAUACAAACAACGUGUGAGAUUUUGUUUACGUUUACAUCCCAGUAAAAUAUUUAGGAUGACUUUUUAGUUACAUAAAAUUUGCGACCUAAUAAAUUUGAUUACUUAAAAUUAAUUUCGUAAAUACACUUAACACUACCAAUAUAAUGUUUUAAAUACUUAAGUUGACGUUAACAGUAAAAUAAUUUGUUUUUGGAAAAUUGGAAUAUGUUUAUAUUUGGCUAAAUAUACGUCAAUAUUAUUAAAAAUGGCAUUGUUAAUGAGUUUUUAUGCAAGGAUGCGUAACAUACAACAAAAGAAUGAAAUAUCCAAUAAAAAUAAAGAGAACUAUGCUUUUAAGUUGUACACGUUUGAACGAAUAUUUCCAAUCGUUUCGGAUCAACGUGAAAUACCACAUCCACGAAGUGGACACCGCAUUGGCUGUAAUAGUACAAAUUUAUAUGUUUAUGGAGGUUAUACACCACAAUAUGUUGAUCCAGCAUCUGGUAUUUUGAUGCAACAUCUGUUUAAUGAAUUGUGGCAAUUUAAUUUUGCUACGAGAAAAUGGAUGUUAUUACCUGGACAAGAAACAAUCCCACCAGAAUUAGCAUCUGUUGCACUUAUAUUUGAUGGAAAAACUUUAAUGGUCUAUGGAGGUACGAAUUUACCGUUUGGGGAGCAAUCUAGUAACAAAUUAUACUUUUGUGUGUUAACUAAAGGAAAUUUUUAUCAUGGAAUGCAAUUAGUGGACGCUAGUGGCAGUAUGCCACCCCCAAUGUAUGGACAAGCAUUAGUAUAUCAUAAUGGAUAUUUGUAUGUAAUUGGGGGUACAACGGGAUAUGAUUACACCUGUGAUAUUCAUAGAAUAAAUUUAUCAACAAUGAAAUGGGAAGAUGUUUUCAUAGACACUGGUGGUCUAGAUUACAUGCCAGCCGGUCGAUAUCGACACGAAGUUGCAUUCGACGGUGAACACAUUUACAUUCUUGGAGGUGGUACAAAUGUAACAGCAUUCGAUUUGGAAUACAUACCAACAUUUAAUAUUAACGAGAAAAAAUGGGCAAAAAAGCAAACAAAACGAGAUCCAAUCGAACGACAGAAUUGUGGUAUUCCCGAACCACGUAUGUGCCAUUCUUGCGUACAAUAUAAAGAUGAAAAUAAUGAAAUCUAUGUUUAUAUAAUUGGUGGUAACAACGGUCCGGAUACCGUGUACAAUGAAAUGUGGCGUUUACAAUUAAGUACAUUACAAUGGACUAAAAUUACAAAUAAACCGUUACCAUUUCCAGUGUAUUUUAAUUCAGCGUGUGUUACACAAGAAGGUAAAAUGUAUUUGUUUGGUGGUAUUAAUCGUGAUGAAUCAAAACGAACUAAUUAUUUACAUUCAGCAUGGAUUGUUAUACCAAAGUUAAGUGAAAUGUGUUGGGAAUCAUUGUUACAUUAUAAUCCGAAUUUAUGUAAAUCAUCUAAAGCUGAAUUAUUAAAUCAAGGUAUACCAGCUCAUUUUAUUGAGCGAUUAUACGAUAAUAUCUGUUGAAAAUUUAUCGAAAUCAUUUUGUUUAUUGUACAGUCUUAAUAAAAAUGUUAUUGUACAAAAAUAUUUGAAAGAUAUCUAUACCUACUGUUUAAAGUUUUGCAUAUGUUACACGUAUUUGUAAAAAGGCGCUUGUUUCUAUUCUGACUCUAUUUACACAAACAAAUCAUCUUUGUAGUGACCAUUUGUUCCGAACAUUUCAAUAUUGAUUCAGCCACUUCGAGCUUCACUAUUAAUUUAAUUUAAUGUAUAGUAAAGUUUUUAUUAAUGCACAAUUUAUUGUAAAAAAUUCCGU